AGCUUCCCUGCAGCACUUCGUGCUGUGCCGGUGUCAGCCCAGGGGAAGGAAGCGGUGUAAGCAGGGCAGGCUGGGUGCAUAGCAACUCCAUGGCAAAGUGGUUACCAUUCCCAAGUGUGGCUGUAACAAAAUUGAUUUUUCUCCCCUUCAGCUUGGCAGCUCUCCAGGUGCCUGCUUGGGCACAAUGGAGCGCGUAGCUGAGAGGGAGGGACUUUGGGGUGAUGUUGGGGGAGAUACAAAGAGACAGAAGUUUAAUCAUUGAACCGAUCACGCUGGAUGGAUUUAUUUCUGGACUCAAUUUCCCAGGAACUCCACUGUCUCGCCCUGGGGGAAAUGCCUCAGCUGAAGUUUCUCUAGCUCCAGCUUAGAGAAUAAAGACUCAUCGCUUUGGAGUUACUCAACAGCAGCUGUCACUACUGACACAUCCAUCUGCCUAGAGAACAUGUUCGCCGUCCACUUGCUAGCUUUCCAUUUUGCAAAGCUAAAGGAGGACCAAAUAAAAAAGGUUGACAGGUACCUGUACCACAUGCGUCUGUCCGAUGAUGUCUUGCUGGACGUGAUGGCUCGCUUCCAGGCCGAGAUGGUGAAGGGCCUGGGCAGAGACACCAACCCCACGGCGACAGUCAAAAUGCUGCCGUCGUUUGUGCGCUCGCUUCCUGAUGGCUCGGAGAAGGGUGAUUUCCUCGCUGUUGACCUGGGUGGCUCCCAGUUUCGUGCCCUCAAGGUGAAGGUGUUUAAUGAUGGGAAACAGAGCAGCCAACUGGAGAGCGAGUUUUACCCCACACCAAAGGAGGUCAUACAGGGCAGUGGAGCAGAGCUCUUCAGUUAUGUUGCUGACUGUCUGUCAGACUUCAUGGAGUCCAGAAACCUGAAGCAUGAGAAGUUACCUCUUGGCUUUACGUUCUCUUUUCCAUGCAAACAGACCAAACUGGAAGAGGGAAUCCUUCUUUCCUGGACAAAACACUUCAAGGCCCGAGGAGUGCAGGGCACAGAUGUAGUGAGCUCUCUGCGCAACGCCCUCCAGAAACAUAAGGACAUAGACGUCGAUGUUUUGGCGAUGGUCAAUGACACUGUAGGCACCAUGAUGACCUGUGGAUACGAUGACCCGCGCUGUGAAAUUGGACUCAUAAUUGGGACUGGCACCAACGCGUGCUACAUGGAGGAGAUGAGGCACAUCGAUUUGGUGGAAGGUGACGAAGGGAGAAUGUGCAUUAACACAGAGUGGGGUGCCUUUGGAGAUGAUGGUGCUUUGGAUGACCUCCGCACGGAGUUUGAUCGGGAACUCGAUCUGGGGUCUCUCAAUCCCGGAAAACAAUUGUUUGAGAAGAUGAUCAGUAGCCUGUAUUUGGGGGAACUUGUAAGACUCAUUCUUCUCAAAAUGACAAAGGAAGGUCUGCUCUUCAAUGGAAAAGUGUCAGCAGCUCUGCUUACUAAGGGCAAGAUUGAAAUGAAACACGUGUCUGCAAUGGAAAAAUAUAAGGAAGGUCUGAGCAACACAAAGGAGAUCCUUACAGAGCUGAACCUGUUUCCCUCUGAAGACGACUGCAUCGCCGUUCAGCAUGUCUGCACCAUCGUGUCCUUCCGCUCAGCCAAUCUCUGUGCUGCAGCCCUAGCAGCCAUACUGACCCGACUGAGAGAGAAUAAAAAACUGCUACGGCUGCGAACCACUGUUGGGAUUGAUGGAGGACUCUAUAAAACCCACCCCCAAUACCCCAAACGCCUGCACAAGGUAGUGAGAAGGCUGGUCCCAAAUUGUGAUGUUCGGUUCCUCCUCUCUCAGAGUGGCAGCGCAAAGGGGGCUGCCAUGGUGACGGCGGUGGCACACAGGCUGGCAGCUCAGCGCAAGAAAAUUGAUGCUGUUCUUGCACCUUUCGUGCUAACCCUGGAGACCCUCAGAGAUGUAAAGAACAAAAUGAGGACCGAGCUGGAGUAUGGGCUAAAGAGAGAGACGCAAGACAGGGCUACAGUGAAGAUGUUGCCAACGUAUGUCUGUGGGACACCAGAUGGAACAGAGAAGGGAAAAUACCUUGCCCUUGAUCUUGGUGGGACAAAUUUCAGGGUUCUGCUUGUCAAAAUUAGAAGUGGAAGAAGGAGAUCAGUACGAAUGUAUAACAAAAUAUUUGCCAUUCCUUUGGAGAUCAUGCAAGGGACAGGGGAAGAGCUCUUUGACCAUAUAGUCCAGUGCAUAGCAGACUUCUUGGAGUAUAUGGGGAUUAAAGGUGCCCGCCUACCUCUGGGUUUCACCUUCUCCUUCCCGUGCAGGCAAGCCAGCAUUGACAAGGGAACACUUGUGGGAUGGACAAAAGGGUUCAAGGCAACUGAUUGUGAAGGGGAAGAUGUUGUUGAUAUGCUGAGGGAGGCCAUCAGGAGAAGAAAUGAAUUCGACUUGGACAUCGUAGCAGUGGUGAAUGACACUGUUGGGACAAUGAUGACCUGUGGAUAUGAGGAUCCGAACUGUGAGAUCGGCCUUAUUGCAGGAACAGGUAGCAAUGUGUGCUACAUGGAGGACAUGAAGAACAUAGAAAUAGUCGACGGGAAUGAAGGAAAAAUGUGCAUUAAUACAGAAUGGGGAGGAUUUGGUGACAAUGGCUGCAUUGACAACAUCAGAACAAAAUAUGAUAAAGAAGUAGAUGAAGGCUCGCUAAAUGCAGGGAAACAGAGAUACGAAAAAAUGACCAGUGGAAUGUAUCUAGGUGAAAUAGUGAGGCAAAUUUUGAUUGAUUUGACCAAACAAGGACUGCUGUUCAGAGGACAGAUUUCAGAAUCACUCAGGAAAAGAGGCAUAUUUGAAACAAAAUUCCUAUCUCAGAUUGAGAGUGACCGGCUCGCCCUCCUCCAAGUCCGACGGAUUCUGCAGCAGCUUGGCCUCGACAGCACGUGUGAUGACAGCAUCAUUGUGAAAGAGGUGUGUGGGGCUGUUUCCAGGAGAGCUGCCCAGCUCUGUGGGGCAGGACUGGCGGCCAUUGUAGAGAAGAAGAGAGAAAACCGAGGUGCGGAGCACUUGCAAAUUACUGUUGGAGUAGAUGGGACUUUGUACAAGCUUCAUCCACAUUUUUCUAGGGUCCUGCAGGAGACAGUGAAGGAACUGGCACCUCGUUGUGAUGUGACUUUCAUGCUCUCCGAAGAUGGGAGCGGAAAGGGAGCUGCUCUCAUUACUGCAGUAGCAAAAAGAUUGCAUAAUAUUGGACAGAAGUAAAAAUGAGAAGUCAAUUCAUUUCAACACUACCAGACGUGUGCACUAGAGAUUUGUUGAGCAGUGACUGAAGAUAGCUUUGCCAGAUACCAGUAUACAGGUACCUGUUUUUCAGGGAGCAGCUGGUUAUGAGCAGCCAGGACUGUGGAUUUUUGUCCUUUGGACACCUCUUGGGCCUGGUGUAUCUGCUCCGCUCCAUUAUGUCUUGAAACAUUGCAAUGUACUCAAUUCUCUUCUUCCUGAAGUGCAUCUAUAACAUGUAUGGGAGAAUCAGAAAAACAAAAAAACCCAAUCCAACCAAUCAACCAAAAACCCAACAGUGUAUUUUUACAAUGGUUUAAUUAAGCUACUGUAGUACAAGCAAAUCUAUCACAAGCUUCUUAGAUUUGGUGUGGUUUUUAGUUUUGACUUGGCCUGUCUCAAGGAAUGUUGGCAUCUACUGUUGCACGUAUCCAGUGGACAUGUUUGUUCAGUGCAUCCCAGGUUUCACAAUAAAUCUGCAAGUAAACAAAA